CUUCCUUGUAAAGACAUUUUAACUUGAGAGAACUACAAAUCACAGCUCUCAAUCUUCUUUUUUUGUGGUAAUCUAUCUAAAUCUGCUUCAGGUAAGACUUCCAAAAAUAUGGUUUUUUUUUACAUUUUAGGUAUGUGAUUGGCUAGAAGCUUAGAUUGUAGAUGAAUCUGUUAACUAAUGAAUACAGACUUGCCGGAUGGUAUUAUUCAAUUAAUUAAGACUGACUCAUUAUAUAUACUCAUCAGAUUGAGUCAUUAUCUACAAUGUGGUCCCCGCCCACGGUUGUUGACAAUGCCACACUAAGCGAGAGCAAAGAGAACAACGGCUUGUGUCUGGUGCUCGAUGACAAGGGGCUCACCAGCAAAGACCCUCACAACAGCGGGGAGAUGAAGCAGAUCGUGUACUGGACGAUGGUGAUCGUCAAUGUGGCCCAAAUCCUUGUUGUCGCUGUCCUCGGUAUCCCGGGCAACGUCCUCAGCGCCGCGGUCUUCUACAUACAGGGAUUGCGGGAGAGGAUCAACCUCUGUGUCUUCUCUCACGCUGUUGUUAAUCUCGUCGUCCUCCUCGCCUUGUUCUUGAUCAGCGCAGAGUACAUCCACAGAUACACCAUCAGACCUUCAUAUGUUCUGUUCCCAUACACAUCGUGUAUGCUCGGCGCUUUGUGGGCCUCGCAGUUCCUGUCGGCUGUGAUCGCCAGUGAGCGGUGUUUCUGUGUCGUCAGUCCCUUCCACGCCAAGAGGCUGCUCAAGACGUCCACCAUGGCCGCCAUCAUCGUCGUCUGCAGCGUGCUGUUGACUGGGGGCAUGUGCGCUAUCGCGGGUCCCAAACACAAGGGCGUCUGUGUAUUUAACCCAAUCACUAACGAAACAGAAGAAACGGAAACUGUCACAGAGUAUUAUCUACAAAAUCAAGCGAUCAUUGACAUCUUCGACGUCGGCGUCUACUCCACUACUCUUCCAGGAAUAUUUCUCGUUGUCAUUAUCGUCACGACAGUCAUCACUUCUAUCAAACUUCGCGAUGCUCUUGCCUGGCGUCUGUCCAUCGCCUCCAAGUGCAAGACAACAAGAGCAAGGACAUGGACACGCGGCGAGAGAGAGAGGAGGAUGACAAGUAAAGAAGUGAGUGUGACCAUGAUGCUGAUGGUGACGUCUGUCCUGUUCAUCGUGUGCAUGACAGCCAACCUCGUCCUCCAGAUUUGCAUACUUGUAGUUCCAGGCUUCAAUUUUACAGGAAGCUAUGUGUCUCUAGUUUCUGCUUUGUGGGCGAUCAUAAAUUUCUUAUGGGCACUUAACUUCUCUCUCAAUUUUGUUGUGUACCACAAAAUGGGAUCGAAAUUCAGACACUCUGUUAGGAAUCUGAUUGGGUGGAAAGAAUAGAGCAUACGAAAUCGUUUAAUUUUUACUCGUCGAACCUUUUACAGUAGAAAAUUGCGUAUGGUCAGCUUUUCCAUCCUUAUCCAUUGUAUCCAUUGUUAUCUAUUGUAAUUUAUAACUUUUGCUUCAGCUCGCUUUUAGAUACUUAUUUGUCCAUUGUGCUGUAAUGUUAUGUCUAGCUCCUAUUUGCCGGCAUUUUGUCUAGUGCAAGCUAGAGUUGACUGUACCUCGUCUAACUACG